ACUCGUGUCAUCCCUCAAGUGAUGCACUCUUAUGAGACGGGGGGAGUAGUAUAUAGGUUUAAUGAUCGACAUGGAUAUGUGAUCAUGAGUUGCCUUCCGCAAUAUAAUGAGGAGGGUCACUGUAUAUGUUCUCCAACAUUACUCUGUCUGCCAAUCCACACCUCAAAGCUAGAAAAUAUAUAUAUAGAUAUAUUUACAUAGUAAUGUAUAUUAAUUUCCAUGGAGGAAAUUCCAAUUCCAAAGAACCAAUACCCUCCCGGAAUCAGAUUCCACCCCUCUGAUGAGGAACUCAUCUCUUUCUACCUCCAAAGGAAAAUGAAGUCUCUGCCGCUUCCACCAAACGUCAUCACUGAUAUCCACCUCUACUGCUACAAUCCAUGGGAUCUGCCCAGAAAUAGCAUGUUCGGAGACGAGGAGCUGUAUUUCUUCACGCCGCGGGACAGGAAGUAUCCCAACGGAGGGCGGCCUAACAGGGCGGCGGCGUCCGGCUACUGGAAGGCGACGGGCACGGAUCAGCCUAUUCGGAGCUCCUGUGGAUCGAGGAAGAUUGGGGUGAAGAAGGGCCUUGUUUUCUACAAGGGGAGGCCUCCCUCCGGCCACAGGAUGGACUGGGUCAUGACCGAGUACAGACUCCCCGACACCUCCCGUCCAUCCAGAUCCACUGGAUCAAUGAGAUUGGAUGACUGGGUACUCUGCCGCAUUCGUCGCAAAGGCAACAUGUCAAAGAAUGAGAAUCAUGAUUCGCAUGCUCGAGACAUGCUAUCUGACUAUCUGAAAUCAAAUGAAUACAAUCUCAUAGUUUCACUGCUAGCUGGCCAUGAUCCUGUCUCCCUAUCUACUGCUCCCACCACCAUCUACCAAAACGGCGACAAAAUAGAUGGAGAUGAACCAAACACGCAGCAGAUAAUUAGCUACGGAGAUUUGCAGCUGCUGCCUUCAAACGAUUUCAGCUUCCAGUCAGCGCCGUUGGUGGCUGCAGCUGAUGCUAGACCAUACGCCCAGCAUGUGUGCAAGCCUAGCAGCAUCAGCUUGCAGGAGCUCGAUACUCUGCCGCCAUUACAAGAAUAUUUUCUGCAUUGAGCUUAUAUAGCUGCUUCCGCACUUGGGAUCAUACGUCUCCGAAUUCAAUAAGACAACCCCUUCUGUGAUUGAUUGUGUGUGUGUGUGUGUAUGUGUGCAGUUUCCAAAUUCUCAAGUUUGUAAGUAAUCCUGUGUAUGUAUCCUUUAAUUUUCUCUUGUUUGGUGUUAAUAAUGUUGAAAAUAAUGCAAUCUUCUUUUAUUGUCUUCUAUCA